UUAUACUUUAUAAAUUAAUUUGUUUUACCAACUUUUAUACUACUGUUUCUUUUCCUUCCCUUCGUUUCCACCGGUCUAGGCAAUUUAAACUAACAACGUUUGGAAAUGACUUCCCACCAAAUUGAGUCACUUUUCCAACGUUCAAAAUCGAUCAUUCAUCUUCUCCAACUUCAUUCUCUAUUCAUCAAAACAGCAAUUCAUCACGACGAGUAUCGUCUCUCCCAAUUCAUAUCACUGUCUUCUUCAAUAUCUCUCCAAUUCACCCGUACCAUCUUCGAUAAUUCUCCCAUUAUUCCAUCAAUCUUCGCAUGGAACACAAUGAUGAGAGCAUAUUCCCAAGUAGAGUCUCUGAAGCUCUUUAAACAGUUUCAAAAAAUUGGAUUAAAACCAGAUAGAUUCACCUUUCCUAUUGUGCUAAAGGUUUCUGGGCAUUGUUUGAUGAUUGGAACGGGUGGAUCGUUGCAUUCCAUGGCUGUGAAGUCGGGUUUUGGUUCGGAUUUACAUGUGAACAAUACCAUUUUGAGAAUGUAUGCUGGAUUUGGUGUGAUCAGGUUUGCAAGACAGGUGUUUGAUGAAAUGCUUCAGAGGGAUAUAGUUUCUUGGAGUUCAAUGAUGGCUGCUUACGUUCAUUGUAACUUGCCUUCAGAUGCUCUGCUCCUGUUCCAAUGUAUGAAGCUAGCAAAUGAAAAGCCAAAUUCUGUCACUUUGGUUAGCUUGUUGGGGGCAUGUACUCGUAUCCUGAAUAUCAGAUUAGGUAAAUGUAUUCACUCGCACAUUGUUACCAGUGGUAUUGAACUACAUGUUGAGCUGGAAACAGCCCUCCUGGGCAUGUAUGCAAAAUGUGGUCAUAUACAGCAGGCUUUCCGCAUAUUCAAUUUGAUGGGUGAUAAAAAUCUGCAGACCUGGACCAUCAUGAUUUCUGGUCUUGCUGAUCAUGGACAUGGAGAAGAAGCUGUGUCCUUGUUUGCCAGAAUGGAAGAAUCUGGCUUUAGGCCGGACAGCUUAUCAUUUUCUGCAAUCUUAUAUGCUUGUAGUCAUUAUUGGCUUUGUUGGAUUGCGGGGGCGUGA